AUGGUCUCUCCGAGUCUAGACUCCACGAACGUGGAGGAAUCUCUCUUAGCACGCGCCUGCCGCCGGCGCGACCUCUUCCAGGUGCAGGCUCUCCUGCGUGACAAGGCGGACCCCAACCGCGCUGAUGCUGCGGGUGAAACACCGCUCCUUCAGGCAGCGGCCCAGGGUGAUCUUGACGUCGUCUCACUGCUGCUGGGCCACGGUGCCGAGCCUUCGCGGCGGGCGCCGCCCAGCGUGUGCCGAGAGGCGGAUGGCCAGCUGAGCCCCCCUGUGCAGAAGCUCUUCGAGCUUUUUUCGCGCAAAGGCCUUUCCUUGGAGCAGCGCGAGAAGAUUCUAGUCUCGCUGCCGUUGCCCUUGGACCCUGGCGCAGCUGCUCAGGUGCGAAACCGCCUGGGUCUCGGUGGACUCCACUUCCGCGGCAGCCGCGGCGCCGCUGCGCCCCGGCGCCGGGAGAGGGAGGCCACGGCAGACCACGAGGUCACGAUCUUGGUGUCCGAGCCUUUGCGGCCAGUUCUGGUUCUCAAUCCUUUAUGGGAGAAGCCGACGGCAACAGUGGUCUUGCUUCAUGGCCUCCUACAGUCAGGCCCCAUGCUCGAGCGACUGGCACGCGGCCUUUCGAAGGGCCUUCCCUUCGCCCGCUUCGUGGCUCCCACUGCACCUUCCAUGCCUUCACUGUUCGGCUUUGGCCCUGCAUGGUUCGACACCACCAAGUCUUUGCAAGGUCAGCUGCCAGAGCAACUGGAGGCGAGCACCAAGGAGCUCAUCAACAUCCUUGAGAUGGAGGCGAGCAUCUCUGGCAUCCCUGCUCAGCGUCUGGUCCUGGUUGGUUUCUCUGCGGGCGGUGCCCUCAGCGCCUUCGCUGCGCUGCGUGCUCCAUGGCGGCUAGGCGGUUUGGCCUUGCUCGGCUCUGCUGGUCUGGCGCCCCUGGGAGCACCGGCGGCGCAAGGGCUGAGCACCACAGGCCUCGCAACACUUCAAUGCCACGGGCAAGAAGAUCGCAUGGUUUCGGAGGCGUUGGCACGAGAAUCGGCAGACUGGCUGCGCCGGCAAGGCUGCGAUGUCGAAUUCCGAUGCCAUGCAGGCGUCGGGCACACCAUCUCAGACGAGAUGGCUUCCGAGAUUGGAGCCUGGCUGCGGGAGCGGCUUCUUGACCUCGACGCAGCCAGCGACAAGAGCCAAGAGGAGUCACUCCCCACUGAAGUCGCGCCAGAGCCUGCUGCUGGUCAUCCCGAACCUGGAGCUGAGGAGCCAACGGACGAUGCUACCGAUUUGGGCAAGGAUUCAUCAUCCAUCCCAGCACACGAGGCUCCGGCCAUGGAGUCCGAGGACUCCACGGAGCUGCCCGGCACCACGAGCACGAGCGCCAGUGGCUCGGAUGCUGAUGCGGAAGUUGAGAGGGUUGCGGGCUUUGCCCCGACAGACUCCAACCUCCAAGAUACAGGCUCUUUCUACAGCGCCAGCACCGAUACUCCAAGACGGGGAGCUGUCAUCCCGGCCACACAUGCAGACCUGGUCGCUUUGCUGAUGGCCUAUGAUCUGCCCCUCUCAGCCUGUCAGGCGGCUUUGGAGCGGCAUCAGGAUGUGGAAACUGCGCUCGAGUUCCUGCUGGACACCGAUGAAGGUGCCCGGCUUCUUGGUGUUGAAGAUGACCGAAGCCCAUCGAAGAGCAGCAGCAGCCACCGUGUCCGAGAGGAGGUCAAAGUUGUGGAGGAGGAGUGCCGAUCGGAUGCAGGACAAGCUGCUGCAACGAGGGUGGCUGCAGAAACUGCAGCAGCAGGGGAGGAAGCCGGAGAAGCGAGACUGGCAGAGAAAGCUAGGCGAGCCGAAGACGCGAGACUAAAGCAGGAAGCAAGGCUGGCCGAAGAAGCGAGACUGGCCGAGGAAGCAAGGCGAGCCGAAGAAGCACGACUGGCCGAGGAAGCAAGGCGAGCCGAAGAAGCACGACUGGCCGAAGAAGCGAGACUGGCCGAGGAAGCAAGGCGAGCCGAAGAAGCGCGACUGGCCGCGGAAGCAAGGCGAGCCGAAGAAGCACGACUGGCUGAAGAAGCGAGACUGGCCGAGGAAGCAAGGCGAGCCGAAGAAGCACGACUGGCCGAAGAAGCGAGACUGGCCGAGGAAGCAAGGCGAGCCGAAGAAGCACGACUGGCCGAGGAAGCAAGGCGAGCUGAAGAAGCACGACUGGCCGAGGAAGCAAGGCGAGCAGAAGAAGCGAGGCUGGCCGAGGAAGCAAGACGGGCCGAAGAAGCAAGGCGAGCUGAAGAAAGAAGACGAGCCGAAGAAGCGAGUCUGGCCGAGGAAGCAAGGCGAGCCGAAGAAGCACGGCUGGCCGAGGAGGCAAGGCGAGCCGAAGAAGCACGACUGGCCGAGCAGGCAAGGCGAGCUGAAGAAAGAAGACGAGCCGAAGAAGCGAGACUGGUCGAGGAAGCUAGGCGAGCCGAAGAAGCGAGGCUGGCUGCGGAAGCAAGACUGGCCGAAGAAGUCAGAACAGCAAGAGACGAGUGCGGGUGGGCUGCAGCAGAAGCUUCACUUGCGGCGAGCAGGUUGCUUGACACGCGGUCUGGCGAGUUGGGCUUCCAGGCAAGAAGCGGCACGUCAUGGGCCAAAGCAGCCAUGACAGAGGUGCCGGAAUCAGCUCGGCUCGCCUCCUGUGCCCGGCUGGCCGACGAAGCCCGCGCUGCGUCUGCAGCCCUCCAGGUGGUCCCUGAGCCGCGCAUCGUUGGGUCUGAUCCCAGUGCUGCACAGAUCGAAGAGGCUGCUGCCUCUGCGACUGCAUUACUCUUGGAGGAGGACGCUGUUGCCCAACUGACUGCCUACGCAUUGCCCAGGGAGGCGUGCGUAGAAGCGUUGGUCCGGUUUGCAUACGACGCAGACAGGGCCCUCGACUUCUUGCUCGACACCGACGAAGGCGUGGCGCUCUGUUUGAAGGAGGGCAUGGAUCCUCCCAGUGCCAGUGCAUCGCAGAAAAUGGACACCGCCGGCCUGGAGGUCUCGUCCGGGGCUGCGCCUCAGGCCGGGCGGUCACGGGUGGUUCUUCGCCGUGCUCCUUGCCUCUCCCUGUGCUGUCAGCUUACGGGACGCCUGGUCUUGCGAAACACCUUCAUCGAGCUCGAGGACGAGGACUCACUAGACUUCCCGUUCGGCCGAACUCGGGCGUGCAGUGACAGCUGCCUCUUCGACGCCACUACACCCAAGGCACCUGAGGACGAGGCCUCGCGUGGAGACCUGAACGUGUCCAUCGAGUUGACGGGAGCCAGUUGUCUCAACACGCCGAGAUCCGACGAGCCGGACAGCCCGGGUACCAAAGGAGUCCCAGCACUGCCCCGGACCACCUCGCCCAUGCCCGGUCCUGACCUGCAGGUUCCGAAGUGUGCAAUCGGACAGCAAGCGGUGUCCAAAGAAGAUCUAGAUCGUUUAUCACAAGAGGUGUCCCAGCUGAUGAACCAGAACAACUUUCUGCGCCAUCAGAUCGUGACCGGCAAGGAGCCAGUGCCAGAGAUCAAUGGGAUGCAGGAAGUGAAUGCGAUUCCUUGGGUGGCUUACGUGCCAAUGGCAAGUGUUUCCGGCUAUGUGCAGGAGCCUUUGUCUCCGGGUCGAAGCGAAACGGCCCAGGGUUCGAUGGAGUGGACGGAGAAUUCCACAGCAGCGGACUGCGGCACGUCGGUGAUGCUUCGGAAUCUGCCGAACAACUACACGCGAUCCAAGCUGUUGGAGAUGCUUGAUUCCGAAGGCUUCGCUGCGAAAUACAACUUUGUGUACUUGCCCAUUGACUUUCACACUCAGGCCAGCCUGGGCUAUGCUUUUGUGAACCUGGUGGACAGCUCCUACGUGCCCCAGAUCCAGGAGAAGCUAACAGGCUUCAAGAAGUGGAAGGUGCCCAGCAAGAAAGUCUGCGAGGUGCGCCUUUGCGGGCCCUGGCCGGACUUGGAAGCCCACGUGGAAAGAUAUCGAAACAGCUCGGUCAUGCAUCCGAGCGUUCCGGAAGAGUUCAAGCCGGCUCUCUUCGAGAACGGCAAGCAAGUUCCCUUCCCGAAGCCGUCCAAGGUCCCGAAGCCUCCGCAGAUUCGCAAGUUGCCUGCUGGCCUGCUUGCGGAAGAGAAGCAGAAGGACGCGCAGGCGCUCACACCGGGCCUAGUCCAGCGCAGCGGGAAUUUCUGA